AUGAAAAUGUCCUUAAGAAAGCAAUUGCACCAGAAUCAAGUGCAACCAGUAUACCAUCCAAUUGCAAAGACUUUCCCAUUGAGAGCGAUUAUUCUGAUCGUCGAUAUGGAUUUGAGCUCAAAUGGCCAGUAUCUGUGUUCUAGUAAGAGAGGUAGUCCAAUGUUCAGUAGACUCAUUAAACUACUUAUUCUUUCUUCUGUGUCUUCUAUGAAGUUGCAUGCGUGUGUUUGAUAUGCCAAAAGUCAUUUUUUAGGAAAAUAAUUUCCAUAAUAAGUGAUUUUCUCGUGUUUGGUAUGUCAGAUGUUAUUUUUCAUGUAAAACAUUUUCCAUCAAUUGGAGGAAAUGAUUUAGUUUACGUAUGGGCACAAGUCAUUUUCCUAACAACUCUCUUAACUUUUAACUUCAUAUUACUUGCUUCGACUAACACGCUAUUAAUCUCCAAUACUCAGAAGUUUCAUAAAAGCACUCUUUGACUUGCUAAUAUUAAUAUUAAAUACUUUUUGCUGGAAAAAUAUUUGCCAUUCACCAACCAAACACGAGAAAAUACUUUUCCUUUUCAGGAAAUUUUUUUCCAUGGAAAACAUUUCAAGAAAGACAUUUUCCAUGGAAAAUGAUUUCCAUCAUACCAACAGACCCUUAAUGUUUAAGAUUUUGUUUCCACUGCAGCAUUUAAUUUUAUGCUUUUAUGGUUACUUUCUGGGAAUCUAUGCAAACUUAGCAAAAGCUGGAAACAGUUGAAGAAAAAGAUCUAUAUGGGCGAUAGCAUUAGAUAUUAGCUGAGAUUAUGUUUUAGACGUUAGCACUUUUACUGUAGGUCUUAUGCUUUCUAGGAGUGAUUUAAACUUUCAGAGAUUUAUACGUUUAGAAAAUAUACAUAAAUUCUAGUACUUUUUAUUUAUAUUUGCAUAAUAUUGGCAUGAGAUUAUUUAAAUGGAGUAACGUGGUCAGUAAAGUGUGAAGAUUCAUAUAGUAGAACCCUACUUGUUUUGGACUGAGACAUAGGAGUUGUUGUUUAUGGCUACUUUUUCAACUUCUUCACAUCAUUUUCUGUCCCUUUUUAGCUCUUGUUAAGAGCUUCCUUUGGAGCUAGUUGCCUCCCUCUAUUGGUGCAUACCCUCUUACUGAGAAUUUUUUUUUUCUUUCUUUGGCUGGUGUCAUUCUUUUAUGGGAAAAGGGCCAGAUAUACCCCUCUAUUAUUAAAUAGUCCACAUAUGUCCUCUGUUAUACAAUAGGUCUAAAUCUACCCCUCCUGUUAACAAAGUAAUAAAAAAUACCCUUAUUUUUAACGAUGCUCCAUCGUGACAAUCCAAAUCCUACAUGGUCUGACAUUUGGGUGAGGUGGAUACCACGUGUCAUGCCACAUCACCAUCUUCUUCCCCUCCCAUUUCUUCUUCAGCUCAUACCUUAAAAUGGAGGUUCCAAAUUUUUUUCCUUUCAAAUCUGGACAAAAUUACUGUAAAUCUCUGAAUCUAACAAGAGUUGGCUUUGCAGAGAUUUGGAUAUUGACAGGGAGCCUUGGAUGAAGGAGGCCCAAGGAUGUGAAAGAGCCGGUUCUCUUGGGACUUGCAAGGCUAUAAUAAAUAACACUGUUGGGAUUGCUGUUGAGGAAGAAGAUAGGAAGAGGACCUGGCUUGCUGAUAUUGAGGAGUGCAAGAAAAGGGGUUCCAACAUUUAUGCACAUGCUCUUACUGUAUUUAGAACUAAGAAAAGCAUCUGGCUUAAAGCAGCACAGCUCGAGAAAAGCCAUGGCACAAGGGAAUCACUUGAUGCAUUGCUUCGAAGACCAGUUACUUACAAUUCUAAAAGCCAACUCUUGUUAAAUCCGGAGAUUAACAGUAAUUUUAUCCAGAUUUGAAAGAAAAAAAUUUGGAACCUCCAUUUCAAGGUAUGAGGGGAAGAAGAAAUGGAAGGGGAAGAAAAUGGUGAGGUGGCAUGACACGUGGCAUCCACCUCACCCAAAUGCCAGACCAAGUAGGAUUUGGAUUGCCACGAUGGAGCACCGUUAGAAAUAAGGGUAUUUAUGAUUACUUUGCUAACGGAAGGGGUAGAUUUAAACCUAUAGUAUAACUGAGGAUAUAUGUGGGCAAUUUUUAAUAGUAAAGGGGUAUAUCUGGCCCUUUUCCCUUCUUUUAUUGCAGUCAUGAAUUAGCAGUUUGAAGAGUGUAAGAGGACAAUUAUCAGGAUGAAGGAGGCAGCUAUUGCUUGUACACAAAUAGCUCUUGCUGCUCAAGGAGCAUUACCUGUUAUACAUGACCGGUCACUCGAAGUAUUUGUGAAAACCUGAAGUGUGCAGAGCUUUUGGGCGUAACUGGACAGCAACAAAACCGAAGAAUGGGAGGGACUAGGAACGGAAGGGAAAGUCUAGAUAACUGGAUUACUGAAGAUUACAAGUGUUGAUUCCAUCACUGACAGUUUUACUGGGAAGAGCGACUGAAGAUAUUAAAGUUGACAUUGACUUGGGCAGAGAGGGUCUUGAUACUAAAAUUUCGCAGCAGCAGGCAACUAUAAGAUGGACGUAUGUGGACUAUUCUACUUGCAGAGCGUUGGUAAAUAUUCAAUUCAUGUGAGUGUCAAAGAAGUUCUUCCUAAACAGAGCUAAACCUCAACUCUAGCUCCUUAAUUGCGGUCGGAGAAAUUGCAUUAACGUUUGAGAUGAAUCAAAAUCGAAUACAACAGUAUAUAGACAACUUGAUGAGAAGCCAAAGGAGAAAUAACAAAGCUUUUUCGAUGACUCAGAAGGUGCUAAUUAUUUUCUAUUGCAAUAGCUGGGGACUAUAACGUAUGCUAUCCUGCUUGCUUUUCGCUUUUAUUUGUUUAUUUAUUUAUACCUUUCCCCACCACCAUCCCGCAACUGCAAAUUUUAAUUAAAGAGAUUUUACACAAAUAGCCGACCAUAUUCAUAACCUUUGCCGUUACUAUGAAAAGAUAGAUAAAGUUAUUUGCAUGUAUAGACUUUAGGCAUUUUAAUGGGUCGUAUCCUAAGUAUUUUCCAACUGCUUUUGGAACAUCUUUAGGUGCAUCUAGCUAUACUGGAGCAGUAGAGCUAAGCUGAUAUUGAUGAUUAUGAAAAUGUUCUCUUAAUCCUAUAUGGACUUAAAAAGUAGAAUCAUCUUCAGAAAAUCUUCUUUAUUAUAAAAAAUAUGGAAGUCUGACUCUGUAUAGAAAACACAAUAGUCAGCACCCACAUGUGAUCAUGCAGCUAACCUAGAUCCCAAAAAAGAAGAUUCAUAUUCAUUCUUUUUAUCUUUAGACAGUUAUAUUAAUUGCUAAUUAAUGCACUCUGCAUAUUAAAUAAUUCAUUAACAACAAUCGCACUUCAAAGCGGGGAUCAAGUUGAGUUAGCUAUAUGAAUCUUCACAUAUAACUUCGUUCCAUUUAAACUCAUCACAAAUCAACAUUAUAUAAAAUAAAAGAAAAGGAUUAAAAAUACGAGAUGUUCUUUAUAUUUUUCAUUGACGUAUAAAUCUCUAUUGGGAUUACUGUAAUUUUUCAGUUAAUUGGUAUCGUUUAUAUAGAUUAAAUAAUUCAUUCACUUCUAUAGAUGAAUUAAUUUCUCAUGUUAUCUCUGUCCACAUUCACUUCUAGUUUCUGUACUAUACCAUGAAGCAAUACAAAAACAGAUCCAAAACUCAAAUCCUAGUACACAAAAAGAGCCAUUAGCCCAAAACUAAAAGAUGAAAGUGCAGUUUUUUCUUCAUCUUUUUCUAGCAUUAUUUUUCAUGUUCUUUGUAUUAUUAGCACAGUGCAAAACUCAUCCUACUGAUAUACAAGGACUUCAACAUCUCAAAAAUGGAAUAAACCCAAAUUCCAUUUCCUCCGGUUCAUGCCUAAGCUCAUGGAGCUUCUCCAUAGACCCAUGCGACAAUAUUUUCUCCGACCGGUUCACUUGCGGUUUCCGUUGCGAUCUCAUCGUCUCCGGUUUUUACCGAGUCACCGAAAUCAGCUUAGACCAAGCCGGUUACUCCGGUUCAUUAUACAUGACCAACCUCCCUCAUCUCGAAGUUUUAGAUAUGUCCUAUAACUCACUAUCCGGUUUAAUCCCACAUUCACUCUCAAACCUAACUCGUCUACGUCGACUCAGUCUUUCAAAAAACUCAUUCACAGGUAAAAUCCCUUCUUCCAUUGGUUCUCUUUUACGUCUUCAAGAACUUUUUCUUGAUAACAACAAUCUCACCGGUUCAAUCCCACGAAGUUUCAACGGUUUAGUCAAUUUAAACCGGCUUGAGCUUCAACAUAACAAUAUUACUGGAGAUUUACCUGUUCUCUAUCAGCUCAGAAACCUAUUUUUCUUAGACUUGAGUGAUAACAGAAUCACAGGAAACUUCUUCCCGUCACGUUUCUCCAAGUCCAUUAUUGAACUCUCACUACGUAACAAUUAUUUACGGGGCGAGUUCCCGUUAAACGUAGGAGAGUUAAAGUUUCUACAAGUUUUAGAUCUGAGUCAUAAUUUAUUAUCUGGGAUUAUACUGUCGGUGUUAUUUUCCCACUCAUCUCUUCAACAACUCACACUUUCUUACAACAAUUUCACGUUAUUGCAAAUGCCAAAAGAUUUAAGUUAUCGAAAUAAUAAGCUUAUAGCCAUUGAUCUGAGUUAUAACAAUUUGCAUGGCUUCUUGCCGGCUUUCAUGGCGUCAAUGCCGAACUUGUCGGCUCUGAAUUUGGAACAUAAUAAGUUUUCCGGCAUGAUACCGACACAGUAUGCAGUCAAAGUUGUAGUUCCGAGGAACAAUACGUCGUCGUUUGAGAGAUUGUUGUUGGGCGGGAAUUACUUGUUUGGGCCUAUUCCUGGGCCUCUAUUGGGCCUAAAACCAGGUUCUGUUAAUGUUAGCUUAGUGGAUAAUUGUUUAUAUAUAUGUCCGAAUACGCUAUAUAUUUGUCAUGGUGGGAAUCAGAAAUCUUUCUUGGAUUGUAAGAAGUUUCGACCUAUGAUUCCUUGAGGUUAGUUAUAUAUUUUCAUUUCCAAUUUUAGAUGAGGUUAAUUGCUAGUGAUUGAGUAGCAAACUGUGUUCCUCUUGUCCUAAUUUUGAAUUCAGAGGUACUAGUCGAUGACGAAUUAGAAACUACUCGACUCUGUAUAUCUGUAACAGUGACAAUGAUAUUAUUGAAACUAAUAAUACUAUUGUUGUCAGGGGCGGAUAUGGAUUCCCGGGA